AUGUCAGAGGUUCAGAAAGUCAAGGAAGAGGUUUUCAAGCUCUCAGCUGUGAAAUCGCUCGAUAACAUGGUAAAUGAUUCGGAUGCACUAUUAGCAAGUCUUGAAGACCUGAAAUCGGACAUUGAAAAAGAUAAUGAUAUCAACUUUGAUGAGGUGAAAAUAUCCGUUGAUGAAUGGGACAAGAAUUCAUUACAAAAUGAGAAAAGGAUACAUCGUGCCUUAAGAAAUUACGCAUCAAAGAUUGAGGAGAUACCAACAGAGAAUGUGGGGCCUAUUUGCGAAAGUGUGGGAAUUGAUCGAAAGUUACAGAAGAGUACCAUAGAUCAGGUGAUUGCGGAGGAUUUGUUGUAUAAAGGGGAGUUUAAAAUCAGCGAGCAGUUAUGCAGGGACAAAGAUGAGGAAACAUUUGCAAAUACGGAGAAGCAAUUUAAAAGAUUGGCAUUCUUGACUGAUGAAAUUCAGAAGAACUCAAACAUAAAUCCUGCAAUUAAAUGGGCGGAGGAGAACUUGACAGAAUUGACACGAAUAGGAUCGGAUUUACCAUUUCGUCUUCAAGUGGCAGCAUUUCUUACUCUUCUCUGUACUGGAAAUCGUGACAAAUACAAGGCGCUUCAAUAUGCACAGAAAAACUUUCCAGAAUACACGAAUUCGAACUUGGAGGCCGUUCUAGAUACGUUCAGUCUUAUCAUACGGCCGGAUAUUGAAUCAAGCAAGCUUGAAAAAAUGGCUGAGAGCAUGAACGUAUACAUCAUUGAGAAGCUCCGUAACGACUUUUGUGCUAUAAUAGCAAAGCCAGAACAGUCCCCGCUCUACAGUAGUGUAGCAGCAGGUUACAUUGCCAUACCAGCAUUAAAAAAGUAUCAGGCGAUAUCACAAAUGACAGGAAAGUUGAACUGGACGGAAUCAGACGAGUUACCGGUGGCAGUUCGACUUCCGAAGUGGCUCAGAUUCCACCCUACAUAUAUUUGCCCAAUUUCGAAAAGAGAGAUUGGAAAAAACGGUGAGGAAGCAAUAGUUCUUGACUGUGGUCAUAUUAUUUCCUGUUCCGCAUAUCGUAAUCUGUUGGGGUCUAGGAGCGACGGUAGUGCAGUAAAAUGCCCAUAUUGCCCGAAGUUAUCGUAUAAUGCGUGUGAAGGAGUCUUUGUAAAUAUCUGA